GAAAGCGUUUAGAUAGAGUUUCGAUAUUGGUUAUUGGUUUCAGUUGGUGAAACAAGUUGACAAUUCAAGGGGCGCCUUGCAGUUGGAUCGGUGUGUGUCUCGGUACAUCCAGGCAUUAAUUACAAGACGUGGCACGGCUUAUGUUUAUAUUGUUUGGGCUGCAGUUGUAUGCACUCGUGUUUCACGAGCACGUGUGUUUAUCGCGAAAAUCGGAUAAAGAUAUUUAAUAGUGUUAUAGGACAUAAAUAAAAAUACACGCAUUCGAGGGUUCGAAAUGAGUAAUCGUGGUGCAAGUGAGGCGGGACAGGAGGACUACAGGCCCAAAUGGUUGCAGGAGCUCGAAAAUCGAAAGCGAAAGCAACGCCUUGGCCACGAGGUGGGCGCCGGCGCCCCGUGCCUAAGCUGCGAGUCGUCGUGUCCUGGACUGGAUCUGCACUUUUGGCGCAAGAUAUGCAAAAACUGCAAGUGCCGCGGCGACGAGCACGACUUUGACGACGACGAGUUCCCUCAGUUCGAGCUCCUCUUCGGGCCCAACGUCAAGAGCCGGAGGAAAAACAAUUCCGUCCUGCUAAAAGUAAACGACAAGAAGCAAACGCAGGAGGAAACUUCGUUCGAGUGGGUGCCACCCGAGACGACGGAGGAGCUGGCCGCCGACUACAUGAAGGCCCUGCCCUUGGAUAAGUUACCGAUCUCCGGCUCGUCGGGCGCGGCUUUCAGGAAGCAACAGCUCCAGAAGCAGCUGCCUCUGCACGACAUCGACCACACGGCCUGCGCCGGCCUCGAUGACGACGAGAGAAAGGAGUUCGACAAGUACCUCAACAAUCUCAAGAGAUGUGCCGGACAGGGCAGGGUUUCCAAGUUGAUGACCAUCCGGCCGUUCGAUCAGUCCCUGAUGACACCAGCCAACGCCACGGACGUCCAGCGUUUCAGUCCCCAGCACAGCCAGCAGCUGACAAGAAACAACGGCACAUCGAGCCUCCGCACGCCUAGUAGCUUCAUCCCUAAGGGACUGCCGGAUAGGCCGUCACCAGACACUUCAGGUUCCAGUGAACCAGUGCAUAAGUUUGCAUCCCCGGUUAUCGGCAGCGGUCCCAUGCCCGUGGACUCUAGUCGCUACCAUCACGCCCUGGCCAACGUCUCGUGCAACGCUAGCUUGGCUCAGUCGACAGACGUGCCCGUCGGGGUCUGUCAUUCUCCCGGUUGUCCGUUGACACCGAGUAGACAGCAACGACCGUCACCCUGCGAGUUGAGGUACUCCAGAAAUCCCGGCUUGAUCGCUUCCGAGGAACGGGUCCAGGUCGGCGCGGCAGGCACGGCUCGAGCAAUACGAAAAGCUCGCGUGGAAGGUCUCGGCGGACAGGUCGAGCAGGGCCUGGAGUUCUCGAGCGAGCUGCCGGCAGCUAGCUGUGCCCAACUGGCCGAGCAAAUGCUGUCUGAGGCCUUACUGCCGCCGAGCAACGUCAACGCCGGGGACAUCGUGGGCAGCAGUCUGAACGAGGACGGACUCGCCCACAUCAGGGGAAAGCUCAGCGACAAGUACGGCAACGGCCGGCAGGCUCCCCGAGACCUUGUCGUCAGUGGCCAGCAUCCGGCGGCUGCAGUCUCGGCUUCCGAGGAUAUAAAAAGAUGCAGCGCGGAAAUAGCGAAAGAAUUCGAGAGCAAGCCAACAACAGCAGCUGGGAGCCCGAUGGACGUGAGCGCGGUGAGAAACAACCAGUCGGUCUACGGUACACGCGCCGAGCGGCUCCCAGUCGAGCUGAACACCUCGCUGCCGGUCCAAUCGAGCCUGAUUCACUCGGAGGCUCUGAACAAUCCAGUUUUCCCGGAGGAAGCUGUCGGCGGCGCCUCGACGGCUUACCAGAACCAGGAGCACAUUGACCAGCUACAGAACGAGCUCCAGGCUAUGAAGAUGAGCACACACGGGAGACGCGAGUGCACCAGGUGCGAGGACGACAUAUACCCAGGUCAGGUGGUCGUGACCGCUGACAAGAUCAAGGACGCCGUCUGGCAUCCCGGCUGUUUCAAGUGCUGUGCCUGCAACGAGCUGCUCGUCGAUCUAGUGUACUUUACGUACAAGGGCAGGCUCUACUGUGGGAGGGACCUGGCCAAGCUCCUGGAGAUCCCGAGGUGUCACGCUUGCGACGAGCUCAUUUUUGUACGGGAGUAUACUGUGGCCGAGGGCAACAACUACCACGUAAAGCACUUUUGUUGCUGGGACUGCGACACUCCGCUGGCAAACCGCCAGUACGUCACGGAAAACGACCGGCCACUCUGUUUGCCGUGCUAUCAGAAGUACUACGCCAAGACGUGCAACGCCUGUGACAGCGUCAUUGCUGCGGAUCAGCAGGGUGUUGCCGUUAAGGGUUUGGAUUUUCACGCCAACGAUACUUGCUUCUGCUGCUUCACCUGCAAAAAGAGCCUUCUGGGCGGACAGAUAGCCGUCAAGGAAAACAAAUUGCUCUGCAGCAAGGAAUGCAUCGCUGAAUUUCUGCAGAGGAAAAAAAUGGGCAGAUGAAAUUUUGCGAGCACCCGCGUGUCGAGUUAACCAGUUCAACGGUGUCAUUUCAAAUUAAUUUAUAUUUUGUAUUAUAAAGUCAAACAAACGCAAAAAAGAAAAAAGAGGGCUUUUUAGCAUUUAAGUUUCUUUGUUUUAUACGUACUAGAUUACAUAACGAUUACAAUAUAUUAGUUUCACGAUUAAUUCCAAAAAAGUCAAUAGUAAAUAUUACAAAUUUUAA